CCUUCUGGUUAGCGCAUGCCUGAGCUUUCAGGCGGUGGUGGGUUAGUGCGGCCCCGCGUCUGGCCCGUGCGCCUCACGGUGAUGGAUGUGUUUUCUUGUCCCUCAGGCCCCCUCUGGUCUGCCACACGAAGGAACAGCUCGCAGAGCGCCCCGUUUCCACCAGGGUACGUUCCCAAAACCUCCCUGAGUUCCCCUCCAUGGCCGGAAGUUGUCCUGCCAGACCCCGUGGAGGAGACCAGGUACCACACAGAGGUGGUGAGGAAAGUGAACGGGAUGAUCUCCGCGGGCCAGUAUGGCCGGCUCUUCGCUGUGGUGCACUUUGCCGGCCACCAGUGGAAGGUGACCUCAGAGGACCUGAUUUUAAUUGAAAACGAGCUGGACAUCCAGUGCGGAGACAGGAUUCGCCUGGAGAAGGUUCUGCUGGUCGGGGCACACGACUUCACCCUGCUGGGCAAGCCGCUGCUCAGUAAGGAUCUCGUUCAGGUGGAAGCCACAGUCAUCGAGAAGACAGAAUCAUGGCCAAAAGUCAACAUGAAAUUUAGGAAAAGGAAAAACUUCAAGAAGAAGCACAUUAACGUGAACCCACAGACCAUCCUCCGCAUUAACAGCAUCGAGAUCGCCCCGCGCCUGCUGUGACCGCCCCGCUGACGUUUAUGAGCGUGAAGGUAGGAGGCUGAGGUCUGAGGACAGCAGUGUGGAGGCCGCCCGGGCAGGAAGGCCCACGAGACUCAUCUCCAAGGAACCGCCAAAAACCCAGGCAUGAGGCUGUGGCCCCAGUGGUAGAG